GGAGUUCUGGACAAGAGUGCAAUCGUGGGCGGAGGCGCGGCGGGAAGCGCGCGGGGAUCUUUGUGGCGACGGCGCCAAGGAGGGUCGGGAAGCAAGGGCCGGGCCCUGUGGCGGCUGCCAGAGUUCACUCCCCAGCAGAGACCUCAGAGCUCUGAAACAGGAGGGCCUGUGGCCGGCGUCGUGGGGCGACAGGCGGCAAAUGUGGAGGGUCCUGCAGAUGGCGGCAGCCGAGGCGGUGCACCACAUCCACCUGCAGAACUUCUCCCGCUCGUUGCUGGAGACCCUCAACGGGCAGCGGCUGGGCGGGCACUUCUGCGACGUGACCGUGCGUAUUCGCGAGGCUUCGCUACGCGCACACCGCUGUGUGCUGGCCGCUGGCUCACCCUUCUUCCAGGACAAGCUGUUGCUCGGCCACUCAGAGAUCCGCGUGCCACCAGUGGUGCCUGCACAGACGGUGCGCCAACUCGUUGAAUUCCUCUAUAGUGGAUCGCUUGUGGUGGCACAGGGUGAGGCGCUGCAGGUGCUCACUGCUGCAUCGGUGCUGCGUAUCCAGACAGUUAUUGAUGAGUGCACCCAGAUCAUUGCUCGUGCACGGGCCCCCAGCGCCCCUGCACCCUUGCCUGUGCCCCCACCGCUGGCCCCAGCACAGCUGCGACACCGCCUGCGUCACCUGCUGGCCGCACGCCCUCUGGGCCCCCUAGGUGCUGUGCACAGCCGUAAGCAGCGCCAGCCCGCGCGCCUACAGCUGCCUGCUCCACCCGCACCCACCCAUGAUGAGGGGCCCACAGCCAGCCCGACUCUAUCUGCCAUGCCCAAUGACAGGGCUGAUGAGGAGGAGGACACUGAGGAAGACACUGAUGGUGAGGAUGGUGAAGCCUCUGCGCCCCCUGCUUUCCCUGACUGCGCUGGUUUUCUCCCAGCCUCAGCGGAUACUGCACAAGAGGAGCCCCUUAGGCCUCCUGGCCUCUCAGACCAUGGUGGUGCUGGCAGGGACUUCUUGCGGGGGGCUGCAGCACCAGAGGACGUGUUUGUGGAAGGCUUCGUGUCUGCCUGGCGAGAGGAGGACAGCUCCACUACAGAGGGUGGCCCUAUUGAACCCCCUGCACCGCCUGACUGUGCCUUAGCUGGGCCUCGCCCGCCACCACCUGCUGCUAAGACCCCAGGGCCACUAGCACCACUCUUCCCUUUCCAUCUGGGAGCCCCUGGCCCACCUGCACAACAGGGGCCUGCCUUCUACCCCUCACUGCAGCCUGAUGCCCCCAGCACUCAGCUAGGGGAGGCACCAGCCCCACCAGCCUCUGUAGCCCCAGCCACCCCUGUGCCACCUGCCUACGAAUGCAGUCAUUGCAGCAAGACCUUCAGCUCACGGAAGAACUACACCAAGCAUAUGUUCAUUCACUCGGGGGAGAAGCCGCACCAGUGUGCCGUGUGCUGGCGAUCCUUUUCGUUGCGUGACUACCUGCUCAAGCACAUGGUCACACACACGGGCGUGCGUGCCUUCCAGUGUGCUGUCUGCGCCAAGCGCUUCACGCAGAAGAGCUCACUUAACGUGCACAUGCGCACACACCGGCCUGAGCGAGCACCCUGUCCCGUCUGCGGCAAGGUCUUUUCACAUCGCGCCCUGCUGGAGCGCCAUCUAGCCACACAUCCGGCGUCCUGAUUGUGACUACGGCCGCUCCUGCGCUCCGCCCCUUCUGCAGCUUGGACCCUUUUUUAUGUGCUUGUGUACCCUCCGGGAACUGCGCAGUUCCAAACUGACCUGGACUCUCGGACCAGAGUAACAGAACCUGGGAUACAUGACCCCUCCCAGGCGGCCCUGGGAUAUGGGACAGAGUGAGACCUAUGCCUUCCAUCCGGACCUUCUUGCCCUCACUGAACUCCUGAGAUGUUGUGAUGGACACGUCACAGAUGGAUUUUGGUGGACUCAGACUUGCCGUGGCCAGUAUCCCCUUUGGCACUCACUGGACUGGGGCAUUAGGGCUUCCGUGACUGACAGUAACUCCCUUAAAGCUAUUGGUCUUGGGGUAGGGAAUCCUAGACUCCCUACAGUGCUCACACCCCACACUGCUAGCAUCCAGACUUGAACCUUUUCAGCUUCACAUUCCUACCCGCUUCUGUUGUAGAGCAUUUUAUCUUGGAGGGACCUGAAGAGGCAGGUCUUUGGGGUCAGGCUGCUGCUGCUAGUGUCAUGAGCCUAGCCUCGCCUGCCCUGGCUGCUGGGUUCUGAGUAUAAGUGUGAGAGGGGUUAGGUGGCUAUGUGGGGUGUGGGAUGCAACGAUGGCUAGGAGCUAGAGCAGGAGAAUGAAGAUCAGGACCUCAAGGCUCAGGAUAUACCAGACCAGUUGACAGCCUGGGGUGGGGGUAGAUGUGUUCUGCCACCAGUUAAAGCUGAAAAGAUUUACUUGGUAUCAUGCAACCCAAAGGAAAGAUGCAGAGCCGUGGGGAUGUCCCGACUUGUCUUUACUACUUCAGCAGCAUGGAGAGCAGUACUGAGAAAUGUGACUUCCAAAUGUGGCAUCACACAAACCCCCAAGUUCCCAAAAAGUUAUGUAGCACAUACUGUUUGUUCACAUAUUAACUGCAAGUGUAUGGGUUAUCUAAUGUGCCAACUGACUCACUAGCAGUCAGAAGGCCUAAGCAAAACGCCUGAGUCCAGCUACAUAAUCCACAAUAAUUCAGGCUGCAGCAACAAGCCACUAAUAAACAGUCCCUAUGCCUUG